AUGGCAUUUAGCUUUGGGAACUCUGCGCCGGCAGCGGCGUCUGUGGGGCCCAAUGUACAGACCGGUUCCGACCUUCCAGUAAUUCAAACAGAGAACAUAUACUUUCGAGCACUGUCUGGUUCGGCGAAGAUCCAAUUAAUUCCAACAGCAUGGCCCGCGGACCAGCUACCACCUCCCACAUCGUCUCUCAUGAGCAUAGCUUCGCAGCGAGGUCUCGUUGCAGCAGCUGGACCAGAUACGGUCAUACUCGCAACCACCGAGUCGGUUCGCAAGGCGUUUGAGGGUCCAGAUGGGGGAGACGUAAAGCCAUUCGAACCGCAAUUGAGGAUCCAGAUGUCUAUGCGGCUAUCCCAGGUUGCGUUCACUGCAGAUGAGCAGUACCUAGUAUUGUCUGCCGAGACCGGAGGGGGACUAGCUGUCUAUGAGGUUCAGACCUUGCUGCAAGGCAAUACAAAUUCGGCCUUCCAGAUUUCUACCGAGCAAUUGUCGCUGAGGGCUCUUGUUCCCAAUCCUACACCAGAGAAGGGAGAGCUGAUCGCCCUGGUAACGAUAGAUGGCAAGUUGAUGAUGGCCAAUCUGAAGGAAAAGAAAAUCAUGGCUGGACCCAAUGGAUCGGUCCUCAAGGAUGGUGUGAGCUGUGUAUCCUGGAGUGCGAAGGGUAAACAGCUGGUAGCCGGCCUUGGAGACGGUACCGCCUAUCAGAUGACCCCAGAAGGAGAGGGAAAAGCAGUAAUUCCUUUCCCACCAGGUGGAAAUGGUGGAGACCAUGUCUCUUCCAUUACAUGGCUCGAAAACCACGUCUUCCUAGUGGUUUAUACGCCAUCUCAGUAUGAUACCAGUGUGGCACCACAGUCAACAUUCAACAUCGUCACUAGACAACAGCAGCAGCCAUCAAAUUUCAUGUUCCAGAAAAUAGCUGACCCGGCUGGGCCAUUUGGACUGAAUCGUUCCCCCCCUCAUCACUUCCUUCUUCGUCUCAGGGACUUUCCACCCAAUCUGCAAGAUCUCAUCCUUGUUGCCUCAUCAGCAUCGGCAGACAUUGGUUUAUUUAGCAGGUCGAAGGUCCCUUUGACUUCUGACAAGCCAGCAGACCAGAUUACGGGGGUCUUCACAUUGACAGAGAUGUCAGAUGACUCUCGUCGGGCGGCUCUUCCUAUGACUGCGGAGCUGUCAGAUACCUCCCCUAUUGGUUUCGCCAUGGAUCUAUCCAGCAAGGAAACGGUCGAGAAGCCUAUCCCAGGGGAUGAAAUGAACGAAUCGCCCACUCCAGUGCCUGCUCUUAUGGUUCUGAAUAAUGAGGGAGUCUUGGCUGCUUGGUGGGUUAUCUAUCUGGACUCGAUCAGGCAAGGUACGGCAUUUCCUGGCCUUGUGGCUGCAGGUGGAUCUCAGACUACGGCAACAAUACCAAAAUCAACACAAUCUACGGCCCCGGCUCCAGCCUUUGCUUCACCCGCGCAGCCUUCAUUCGGAUCAAGUCCCUUUGGAGGAUCGCCAAGUACCAGCAUUGCCUUUGGAGCACCUCGACCCACUGCUGCGUUUGGAUCUCCAGCCCUCUCUGUACCUUCAACUAGUGCUUUUGGUGCCCCGUCUGGUCUCGGGAAUAAGCAGUCGCCCUGGGGUGCAAGCGCAACACCAGCAGCUGUAAGCAGUGGCCCGGCCUUUGGAUCAUCAACCUUUGGUACUAGUCCUGCCGCGCCGGCUGGAAGCAGUGGCCCAGCAUUUGGAUCAACAGCAUUCGGUGCUACUUCCGCUGCACCAAACCAAUCAUUUGGAACUCCAAGUUUUGGAGCUACCAGUGUACCUUCUCUAGGAAACCGAGCCUCUCCCUGGGCAACUGGAGGGAGCACAGCCCCUGCCGCGGCUUUUGGCCAGCCUGGCGGACUGACCACUCAAGCCUCGCCGUUUGGAACCCCCGCAAAUGUUGGCAAUGCCCCGGCGUCCUCUGGCUUUGCUGCAUUUGCUACCAAGGGUGGCUUCGGGAGUAACGCAGCGGCUGCAGCAUCAGGCGGAAGUAUAUUUGGUACUUCUGCUCAGACACCAAACCCCUUUUCGUCCGCUGCUACCAGUACAGCAUUUGGAGCUCCUCCCGCCACGACCAGCACACCAUUUGGAGCUCCUGCCGCCACGACCAGCACAUCAUUUGCCGCUACUCCUGUUAGCAAGAACACUCUCUUCGGUGGCGCUCCCGCCACUGAGUCAAAGAACAUUUUUGGUGGUGGAUUCAGCCUCAAAUCUUCUUUCGAGGCCGAUCCUUCUGCCAAGGAUGACGACUCAGAGCCACCGGGCCAGUCUGGUGGGCUCUUUGGUAGCAAUUUCGAUAGUGCUCUGGGAGAAGCUGCAAAUCAAUCGACUGCAGAAACACCCGUGUCGAAAGAAGCUGAUAUGGAUGCCGAUGACAGUCCUCGCAAAGACGGGCCCGCAAUAUUCAGCUCCACAACACCAAUUUCUACUCCAGCACCGCCAAAAACGUCGCUUUUCGGAACCUCAGCUCCCGCUGGAAGCAAUGUCUUUGGAAGCCCAUCAGACCAACCCCCCAAGGCAGGCUCUGCAGGUUUUGUAUUUGACCCAUCAUCCAGUGACAAUCCAAAACCCAGCCCAUUUAGUACUUUCAGCAACUUGAACAAAGACAUUUCACCUGGCCCCAAGACACCUACACUCAUUGAGUCUCAAACACAAGCCCCGUUCCCGAAGACUCCGUCUUCGCCUAAAGUGAAGCCAGAACCCGACUCAGACAGUGAAGAAAUCCCCGAGGCUCCUCUACCGCCGGAUACGACUAGCAAAUCUAGCUAUGCCGCUGGACAAUCAAGCGGAUCUUCUGUCACAAAUGAUGCUCCUCUGCCUCCAGAUUUCUUAAGCACGAAGCGCAAGCAGACAUCUCCAGCUCCAGCCCUAGCUCUGCCCGUCCUCAAUCCAAUCCGAGCUGAUCUUAUCCCUCCCAGUGAUGUACCAGGCGGCCCAGACGAGGGUUCCGACUCCGGUUUUUUGACAGAAGAGGAGGGCGAAGUAAGCGAAGAAGCCAGUGAGGAGCUCAGCGAAGAGGGUAGCGGCGAAGAUGUUGCAAAAGACCUUAGCCCAACAUCGGAGAACAACCAGACUCCGGCGUUCUCUCCAGAGAGUUCCAUUGGUGGAACGAAAACCCGAAACCAGGAAGCAAACGUUUUCACUAAAAUCAACAAGCCAGAUCAAUCGAGUCAGACAAGAUCCCUUUUUGGCGAAGUAAACAGGAAUGCUCCUAUUCUUCCCCCACCCAAGAUGCAAAACAGUCCUCGAUCACCGAGCCCUUUACGGAGUGCGAUACCUGGCAGGCUACAUCGUCCGGAAGCUCCCAGAUCAUCAAGCGCUCCCGGAUUUGCAUCUGAAUUGCUAGGAUCUCGACGUCUGGGCGUUCGACCCAAUGGGCCUGCUCAGGACACACUCAAACAGACCCAAGAGGAGAUGCAAGCAGAACAUAGGCGUCGCCAAGCCGCCAAAUCCCGACAGGAAGCAGAGGAAUCCCAGACAUUGGAAUUAGAUGCAGAGGAUGCGAAGUUCCAGGCGGAAGUUCAUGCGCCAGUCGUACCGUCAAGAAAGCUGGAAGACUUUGCAACACAUACAGAUUACGAUGGCAAUUCAACGAUGGAGAACGUCCCAGCACAGAUCGAGGCCGUCUUCCGAGAUAUUAAUCGUAUGAUUGAUACUCUAGGAUGGAACUCACGGUCUCUGAAAUGUUUCAUUCUGGCUCAUGAAGACCAGUACAAGGAUGAAGGGCGCGGUAGGGAAGAUCUUGAGGAGAGUGAUGAUUGGUGCUUGUCAGAGAUUGAACGUCUUUCGAGACUCGUUGAGGAAAAUCUUGGGCAAGACCUCGAGGCUGCACGUGUCAAAGACGCAAAAACCAAGCUCGAGGCAUGCGAAAGUCUACAGCGAGACCUCAACAGACUACGAGCAAAGUCCCAAGAAGUCAAGAAGGCACUGAACUCCCUAUUGGAUCCCGACACGGUCGCCAUCGCUCGGGCACAGCCUCUAAGCGCCGACCAAGCCAUACAACAAACAGACCUCCGAAGAGACUUCACCAAGUUUCAACGCCUUCUCUCAGAAGCUGAGGAAGGGCUAUCCGUGCUAAAAGCGAAGCUCGUCUCGCAUGCUUCUUAUAACGGCCGGGAUGGUGGAUCCGCUGGCCCUACCGUUGAAGCCGUCAUGCGCACCAUCACAAAGAUGACGGGCAUGGCCGAGAAGCGCAGCGGCGAUAUCGAUGUCCUCGAGGGCCAGAUGCGUAGACUUCGCUUCGGCUCUGUUGGUGGUAGCCGCGAGGGCUCACCAUUCGCGACCCCAACCAACAACAGAGCAUCGGUGCGCAAUCUCGGUGCCUCGAGCUUGUUCCACACCCCGGAAAGUGUCAAAGACAGCCAUUCACGGUUCCAGAACUCGUUGAUGUCGUCUGUUGGUUCACGUGGGAGAGGCUCGCCCCCAAAGAAGAAGCUGAGUGGCUACUCGGCAGAGGAGAAGAUGAUAUUGCGGGCGCAGGUUGCGCGAAAGAAGGAUGUCACGGAUAAGCUAAAGGCUGCGUUGUUGAAGAACGGGACGAAGGUCCGGAAAAUGACUGAUGGUGACGAUGAUGAGUAG